AUGUUUACGACACGAUCGCGCGCGUGCGUGCCCUCGAGCGCACGCGAGCGAGCGAGCGAGCGAGCGAAACGCUCACAGGCAACAACGACCACUCGCCGCGGUCUCGCCGACGACGACGCGUACAACGCGGCGAUGCGGGCGUACAGCGCGUCGCCGUACGAGUAUAAGCAUGACAUCGGAUUGUAUUAUCACAGGAUAAAACCGUUUCUCAUCGUCGGCACGCAACCGCAGACACCGGCGGAUGUCGAUCGCUUAAGGGAGACGGAGGGCGUCACGUGCGUGUUCAAUACACAACAGGAGAAGGAUUGGAAGUAUUGGAAUGUGGACUACGACUCCGUGCGAGCUCGAGCGAUCGAGACGGGAAUGCGACACGUUCGAUAUCCGUUCGAAGACUUCUCAGCGGACUCGUUGAGGGAGGGUUUGCCCUCGGCGGCAGCGAUGCUGGACGCGGAGAUCGAGCGCGGUGAGACAGUGUACUUGCACUGCACGGCGGGGAUGGGCCGUUCGCCGGGAUUGGCGAUCGCGUACAUGUACUGGUUUUUAGACGCGUACAACACCUUGGACGGCGCUUAUGAAGGGUUGACCUCGAUCAGACCGUGUGGACCGAAGAAGGAAUCGAUCAGAGGUGCGACGUGCGACUUGUUGGCGGCGAUCGAGAGCGAUGGUAAAGUAGAACCACUGAAACGCGAGCUCGAAGAGAACGAGGGCGUGGUACUCUCGAUCGUGUCAAAAGAGCGCAUUCAACGCGCGGUGCGUGCGAUGCUGCUGUCGACAUCGGAUGAGACGGUUGCCAAACCUUGGUGGAAAGUAUGGUAG